AUGGCGGAGGCUCUGUAUCAUCUCAGCGAUUCGUUGACGUGGACGCCGACAUCUGCACCUCAAGGGCAGUUGGUGGUGCUAGAGGACUGCGUGGAGGCCGGCGGGGUCUUCCUAGUGCAUCACUUCACGUCGCUGUUCCUGAAGGCUGGCCAUCGCGUAUGCUUUGUUGCUAUCGCCAACUCGCCUGCACAUUAUGCGGCGGUUGGAAGGAAGCUGGGUGUCAACUUUGCAGCUUGUCAGACAAAAAAACAACUUCAAGUGCUGGAUUGGACCAGUAUGGAGACGGAUAGUACCAAGGCAGAGUGGACGGCGUUGUUUGAGGACUUAAAGAAUUUUACCAAUGAAGAGAAGGACGCUGCGGUGUCGAUUGUGAUUGAUGAUGUCAGUGCGCUCAAGUGGCGGUUUGGAGACGCUGCUGUGCUCGACUUUGUUCGCUGCUGCAAGACACUAACACACAACAAGAAUGGAGCUGCGAAUGUGGUGCUAUUGACUCAUGCGGAUACUGAUCUCUCAUCUUCAAGACCUCUGAGCCUGGCACUUGCUGAAAUGGCGACUGUGGUCUUAGCGACGAAGUCUUUGAGUACAGGCUACUCCAAGGACAUCCACGGAACGCUAUUAGUUUGCCGUCAGAGCCAAGGCUUCAGUGUUAAUGCACUUGAUGAAGAACCGACUGCGAUCCCGUACAAGAUUUUGGAGAGUACAAUCAAGUGUUUCCACUCUGGUGGAGAAGCGCUGCGUUGGAAUUAA